ACUUCCUUUACUCUGUGUGCCAGCGUACCUUCAGGAAAGUGUUGACCAGGGAUGUUUAAGCUAGUCCCUGGCUUCAGGAGGCUAUCUCCUGUAAGUGACAUGCUGUUAGAGCUACAUUUAGGUAAGAUGAGGUAGUGCUUUCGGUUAUUUUAGGCACAACCGUUAAAUUGUCUCAAUGAAAGGUUAAAAAGCAGCAGCAGCAGCAGCAGCAGCAGCAGGAUAGCUCGUGUUGUUAGCACGCGCAGCGUAACCACGGAAAUACUGUGCAAACGUAAAGAACACAAACGGCUGAUGGCACGGUUAACGUUACAUCCAUACACUGUCACUGAUUGUUUGUAAAAAUGGAUGAUGAUCACACAGAGACAAAAACACGACCCAAUUCUUCCGAGUCUCCGACUGAAUCUCCUGAAAGCCUGGGAAGCAACAACAGGACCGUGAACGCAUCUCCCCCCUGUUACUCAGAUGUGAUGAGUCCCUCACAGACAGGAUAUGCCAAGAAGGAUUUUAUGAUGAUGGCACCUGAGGAAAAGCUCAAACACUUUGACAGCCGGGCUCAGGCCCGUGAGGACAACCAAGAGUUUGAUGGCUGCAUCCAGGACCUGGUGCGUUGUGUGGCUCUGACGAGGCUGGUAUAUGGAGACGGACAUGUGAAACUAGCCCAGGCCCAUGCCAGACUGGCGAAAGCAUAUUUCCAGCUAAAAGGUUGGGGACCGCAGGCCCAGGAGCACUCGGCUCUGGCCAGAGAGCUGCUGCCUUUCUGCUCCUCUGAAAAGCUUGAGGUUCUCACGUGUCUCCUGAACAUACACCUCACACAGGGAGGCGCUUCACUGCUCACAGCCAAUCUUGAAGAUGCUGAAUCCUCUUUUCUAGAGGCAGAACAAGUUCUUGAGGAGCUUCAUCAAUGCAGUGGCAUCAACCAGGAAGAGAAGAUAAAAACUGAGCUGGAAAUCUACACUGGUUUAUCCAGGGUCUAUAGGAGACAGAACAGAACAGAGGAGGCCUUAAGCCAGUGUGAGAAGUCUUUGCAGCGGCUGAACGACUGCGGAAAGCAAGAGAAGACAUGCUCUGUCUAUAGGGACAUGGCCGCCAUCGAGCAGGACAGAGGUCAUUUGGACCGAGCCAUAGAACAUCUCUCCAAGGCUCAUGCCAUUGCUGUGAGUCACAGCUCAGAGGAGCUGGAGGGGGCUCAGAUCUCCCACAGCCUGGCCCUCAUCCUUUCUGCCGCUGCAUCAGAGCCCCAUCACAAUGACUCUGCAGAGCGCUACUUUGAGCAGAGUCUAAGUGCAUACAAAAACUCUGCAGGUCCACAGGAUCCAGCGUUUCUCGCGGCCCAGGACGAUUUCUGUCGUUUCCUCCUCCUCAAUGGCCAGCAAGAGAGAUGUGUUGAGAUCCAGAAGGCGUCUCUCGCCACAAAGAGAUCUACUUUCGGUGACCUGAGCGCCGAGGUCGCAGACACCCUUCAGCUGAUCGGAAGUGUGGAGAUGAGUGAGGGCAGGAUGAAGCAGGCGCACAGGACCAUGACAAAGUGUGUGGAGAUCCAGUGUUUGUUGUAUGGUCCUCAGCACAAGAAGACAAAAGCUACACAAAAAGCUGUGGACAUGCUUGCAAGGGCACCAGAGGUGGCUGAGAGACAGCAGAGGCAAGGUACAAGGAAAACAAAACGUCAUACACUCUCAGCAUCCUGUGGCCUUGAUGGAAACUCAAUGUCUGACUCCUGACUGGUUCUUUUAUGCAUGUGUAUUUUGACCAAGAACUACUUUCAUUUUUUAAGAAGUUUGUCUCUCAGAUGCAACAGGCAGCUACCACUGCUGAGAACAUGCUCCAAA